AAAAAAAAAAAAAAAAAAAAAAAUGUCUGCUAACUCAGACAUCGAGCACUCUAACCCAUUGAAACGACAGCGACGCUCCAGGGUCGCCUGUGAACCGUGCAGGGAGCGUAAGCGAAAAUGUAACGGACGUCAACCAUGCGAAACAUGCAGUGACUUUCAAUACACGUGCUAUUAUGAUGUGGCCUCACGCAAGAAAAGAAACAAAAACUUCAUUCUGGAUGGCUCAGCACCAAUCAGACCAGCAGCACAGACGCAGGAGCAGCAAGUAUUGUCAAUAUCAAAUGCCGCAACACCAUCGACGCAUUCUGCAGAGGAGCCGUCUGCAAGUAUGCCGGCUACACAGUCUAUUGAAUCUAACUCAGGGGCUGCUUUUGUGAGAGAACUAGGUCUCAGAAUUGAUCCAAUCAAUGCUCCAGAACCUCAAGUCUUCGCUUGGAACAUUGGUCUCCGUCACUUGCCCGGCACCUUUUCCGCAUUGCCUAUUGUGAAUAUCCUUUCGCAGGACGAAAUGGUUGCAUUAGCGCGGAUUUACUUUGGUAAGGUAAAUCCUUACUACGGCUUCAUCGACCGGGAUACCUGCUUUGAACAUCUGAACUCGAGGUGGCUUCGAUCGUCGGCCUUUGAACCAUAUGAUGUUGUUCUCUGUGGUGUAGCGGCAAUGGGAUAUCUGUUUUCUCAGAGAAAAGCAGUAGCUGCGGAACUACAUCUGAUUGAGUCAGCUCGAUCAGCACUCGAACAGUGCUCGUUGUACGGGAUACCUUCUUCAACGGUAAUCUCAGGAUGGACCCUCAGACUCUCUUACAUGCGGCUGACGGCCUCACCCCACGCUGCUUGGAUGGCAAGCUGUUCGCUAUUACACCUAAUCGAAGCAUCCGGAUUGCAUCUGGACCCGUCGUCCAGGCCUGUCCUAAUAAAGCCACCACAGGAUAUCAAUGACGAUAUUCGAAGGAGGCUAGUUGGCUUUGUACAGUACAUCAACACUUGGACAUCUUUCGAUCUAGGGAGAUCAAGAAUCAUCCUUCACGGAGCAUCAUAUAACGUACCAGCGAGUCGAGAGGGCGACUAUACAGCUGAAAUGCUCAACCUCCUGCCCAUGUCAGAGAGUCUAGACCCACACAAACCUGUGGAUUCCAACCAGCUGACCAUCAUGCUCUCCAAUAUAAUGGAGAACAACCGCACGGAGCAGCCCUCGGUGCUUUCUCAAUGCAACCUUGUUCUUUGUAUCUUCCGACGCCUACGUGCAUUGCAUUCAACCGUGUCGGUGGAUAUUAUGAGUCGUAUCCUGUCUCUGAUCACGAAAGCCCUUGCUGGCGCGCGAGACAUGGCAGAUGCAAACUGCCCCUGGAGCCAUGUGGCCAACGUCCCGUUCCAGAUUGUCUGUACGCUAUUGGCAGUGGAUAGCCCAGAUUCUAUAUCGCUAUUAGGCGAUGCCAUGCAGACACUCAAACACGUGGCGGACGUCUACGACACCGAUACGAUGAGAGAAGCCUAUCGGAAUGCCGGUCUACUUGUCCUUCUGCAGCAGAAGAGAAAGGACCAUGAUGCGAGACAUCUCAGCAGCGUUCUUGAUUUGCAUUUUGCUCAUCCUGUUGAGUCUGAUAAGGGGAUUCCGGAGCAGAGGCGACAGAGUACUAUGGAAGAUUCUGAGUAUCUCAGGGAUAUGGUGGCAGAUAUGCCUAGUUCUGAGACCUUUGACUUUGAUCAGUUUUUUAUUGCGGAUAAUCCUUGGGAUUUUCUGGGAUCGAUCGCUGGCUGAGAUUUUGUUAAUGUGGAUUGAACGGGCUUUUGUAUCAAUAUUCGGUUACGAUUGUACAUACGACACUGUCUCACUAAUGAAACAACUAUACUCACUUUCCA